AUGUCAAAUGGGAACCAGAGCUUUGUGACAGAGUUUGUUAUUGUUGGUUUUCCUGGACUUCAGCCAGAGUUCUACGGCCUUAUCUCAGCUGUGUUAUUUCUUGUUUAUUUUUGCACUUUGAUUGGAAAUAUUGUUGUUUUUAUCCUGUUUGCAACUCAAAACGCUCUCCAUAAACCUAUGUAUUUUAUCAUUUUGAAUCUGGUUGUCUCUGAUAUAGUGUUCAGCACCACAACUUUACCAAAAAUUAUUGCCAGGUAUUGGUUUCAGGCAGGAGUAAUCUCUUUCUUCGGUUGUUUUUUGCAAAUGUACUUAGUGCACUAUUGUGGAACUGUAACUAGCUUUCUACUGUUAGUAAUGGCUUUAGACCGAUAUGUGGCAAUCUGUUACCCACUCAGAUACAAAAUGAUUAUCACAAACUCCACUAUUCAUAUACUCAAUUUCACUGUAUGGGUUAUUGGACACCCGUCAUGUCUUUUUGUGGUUAUUACUGCCUAUCCACUUCCUUACUGUACCUCAAACAAAAUAAUGCAGUGCUUCUGUGAUCAUACUUCCAUAACAAAGCUUGCAUGCACUGACAUGACUCCUUAUAUUUUUCCUCUUUUUGCUGUUGGAAUGAUGAUACUACUUGUUCCUCUGACCUUCAUAAUAUUUUCCUAUUGCUCUAUUAUUGUUGCAGUUCAUAAGAUUGCGAGUACCGAAGGACGUGUCAAAUCUCUUUCUACUUGCAGUGGGCAGCUGUUGGUCAUUGCCCUCUAUUUUAUACCUAGAACUUUUGUGCAUUUGUGCAACAGUAUUGGCAUUCUAUUCAACACUGAUGUACGUAUUGGUAUUAUAAUGUUGUAUAGCCUACUCCCGCCAAUGGUCAAUCCUUUAAUAUACUGUUUAAGAACUGAGGAAAUAAAACAUAUCUUGAUUAAACGAUUUAGACAAACACAAGUACGCUUUCAAUAG